CAAAACGGGCCUAUUACAUUUUUACGACUAUAACAAUUUUUGUUGUCAUUUUAUAUGGUAAAACCUGUCCAGCGUACUAUAGUCUAUAGUACAAUAGAGGUCAUUGUGUAGUGUGUACCCACAAGUAAGUUGACACAAAAAUUAUAGGUAGUAAACAAGAAGUAAGGAGUAGAUAAACAACAGUAAUUUUAGGUUAGGUCCAGUCUUCAGAAAUUCAGAACAGUUUCCAAUACCUUCCUCACAUUAUAAUAGUAUAAUGUGAGGAUGGUUAAUCAAGUUGUAAAAAGAUACCACUCACCAGGAAAAUAAGGUCGGAGUGUAAAAACACUAGAACAUAGGAAAUCAAGAAAAUUAAAUAAAUUUAUAAAAAUGAGUGAAAAAAAUGAUGAUCAGGUGACAGAAAAAAUAUUAAAUGCUGCUAAGAAAAAUCCUAAAGGGAUAUCUGAUAAGGAUAUAGCGGCAGCAGUACCAGGACUUUCAUCGGCUGAACUUGUUACUGCUAUUAACAAGUUACUACAGCAAGGUCUCUUUGAUUUAUAUAAUCAGGGAGGCUCACUGAUAUACAGGUUAAAAAAUCAAGCUUCAAAGCAAGUAAUAAAGGGUGCUGAUAAUGAAGAGAAGGUAGUUUACAACCUUAUAGAGGAAGCUGGUAAUAAAGGGAUAUGGAUAAGGGACAUAAGGAUACGCUCAAACCUAGCUAAUACACAACUUACAAAAGUAUUGAAAAGUUUGGAGGGCAAAAAAGUCAUCAAAGCUGUAAAAUGUGUUAAUGCAUCAAAGAAAAAAGUUUAUAUGCUUUUUAAUCUAGAACCCGACCGCUCUAUUUCUGGAGGUGCUUGGUACCAAGAUCAAGACUUUGAGUCAGAAUUUGUUGAUAUUUUGAACAGACAAUGCUUAAGGUUCUUACAGCAAAGAGCUGAUAAAAUUAAAAACAAUUCAAGAGGUCCCAUAGUGGGACGAACACAAUCCUAUGCAACAGCUGCUGAAGUUCAGAAGUAUAUAACUGACUUAGGAAUAAGCAAAGUAAAACUUGAAGUUGAAGAUGUUAUUACAAUUUUGAAUACACUGGUCUAUGAUGGGAAAGCAGAAAGUAGUGUUUACCCAGAUGGCAACAAGGUGUACCGGGCUAUAGAAUCUUUAAUAUCCCCACCAGGAUUAGUCCAAGUUCCCUGCGGCGUAUGCCCUCUCAUUCACAAAUGCUGCUCCACUGGACUGAUUACUCCACAAGACUGCAAAUAUAUGAGUGAAUGGCUUGAGCAAUAAAAUAAUAAAUUAUA